GCCGGGACUCUAAGGGCGGAAGGUUGUGGCGCUGGCUGUCCUAGCUAAAGGAAGACUCCAGGCUCUCGUACCCAGGCCCCACCCGAGGCACUGGAGUGGCCAACCCGUGGAAACUCAAGUGAGCAGAGGGCGCUGGUCAGGCCCCAAGGGGCCCAUGGCAGGCAGAUGGCUGGAUCCGCUCUGGGUGCCUGGCUUCCUCUGUGUGGCUCUGAUACUGGAGACGGCAUCUGGGGCUGGAGAUCUAUCCACAAAAGCCCAUGGACACAUCCAGUUUUCAGCCAGAGGUGUCAACCAGACUGCCAGGGCAGACUGCCGAGCCGUGUGUGGCCUGAACACAUCUGACCGCUGUGACUUUGUCAAGAGGAAUCCCGACUGCCACAGUGAGGGGGGCUACCUGGACUACCUCAAGGGCAUCUUCUGCUACUUCCCCCCCAACCUCCUCCCUCUGGCCAUCACCCUCUAUGUUUUCUGGCUCCUUUACCUCUUUCUGAUCCUCGGAGUCACCGCAGCCAAGUUCUUUUGCCCUAACUUGUCAGCCAUCUCCACCAGCCUCAAGCUCUCCCACAACGUGGCAGGUGUCACCUUCCUCGCCUUUGGAAAUGGCGCUCCAGACAUUUUCAGUGCUCUUGUGGCUUUCUCAGACCCUCGUACUGCUGGCCUGGCCAUUGGGGCUCUGUUUGGUGCAGGGGUGCUGGUCACUACUGUGGUGGCUGGUGGCAUCACCAUCCUGCGUCCCUUCAUGGCUGCCUCCAGGCCCUUCCUCAGGGACAUCACUUUCUAUAUGGUGGCCGUGUUCCUCACCUUCACCGCACUCUAUCUCGGCAGGAUCACACUGGUGUGGGCACUGGGUUACCUGGGCCUCUACGUCUUCUAUGUGGUCACGGUCAUCAUCUGCACUUGGGUCUACCAAAGGCAGCGGAGCAGGUCUUUGAUUCACUCCAUAUCAGAGACACCAGAGCUACUGACUGAUUCAGAAGAGGACCAGAUGUCUUCCAACACCAACAGCUAUGACUAUGGAGAGGAGUACCGGCCUCUGCUACUGGGUCAGGAGACCACUGGGCAGAUCCUGCUCCAAGCCCUGAAUCCCUUGGACUACAGGAAGUGGAGAACGCAGUCGAUAUCCUGCAAGCUCCUGAAAGUGGCCAAGUUGCCUGUGGAGUUCUUGUUGCUGCUCACGGUACCCGUUGUGGACCCCGACAAGGAUGAUCGGAACUGGAAACGGCCACUCAACUGUCUGCAGCUGGUCAUCAGCCCCCUGGUCCUGGUCCUGACCCUGCAGUCGGGGGUCUAUGGCAUCUAUGAGAUCAGUGGCCUCCUUCCUGUGUGGGCUGUAGUGGUGAUCGUGGGCACAGCCCUGGCUUCAGUGACCUUCUUUGCCACAUCUAACAGCGAACCCCCUAGACUGCACUGGCUCUUUGCUUUCCUGGGUUUCCUGACCAGUGCCCUGUGGAUCAAUGCAGCUGCCACAGAGGUGGUGAACAUCUUGCGGUCCCUGGGCGUGGUCUUCCGUCUGAGCAACACCGUCCUAGGGCUGACCCUCCUGGCCUGGGGGAACAGCAUUGGAGAUGCGUUCUCAGAUUUCACGCUGGCCCGCCAGGGAUACCCUCGGAUGGCCUUCUCUGCCUGUUUUGGCGGCAUCAUCUUCAAUAUCCUGGUUGGUGUGGGACUGGGCUGCUUGCUGCAGAUUGUCCGAAGCCAUGCUUCCGAGGUGAAGCUGGAGCCAGACGGACUGCUGGUGUGGGUGCUGGCCAGUGCGCUGGGCCUCAGCCUGGUCUUCUCCCUGGUCUCGGUUCCGCUCCAGUGUUUCCAGCUCAGCAAGGCCUACGGCCUCUGCCUCCUCCUCUUCUAUAUCUGUUUCAUUGUCGUGGUCCUCCUCACGGAGUUCGGGGUGAUUCACUUGAAGGCUGACUGAAGCUGCUUGGCCUGGAGGUUUAGGGGUGAUUCUGCUAGCCUCCUGAGGAGAGAACAGGAGUGGGGUGGGGGAACCCCCUGUAGUUCCCAUGUAGCUCCUGAGAAGGUAGUCUCAUUGCCGGAGCUCUGCACGGAUGGGAAGGUCCUGGCUGCCGGCACCCAACAGCCUUAGCGCGGGGAUCUGGAGGCUGGUUUUGCUGGGGACAAUCCCAGGUGGGAAUGACAGAUCUGAAUGACAGAGGAGGCUCUGGGGAGGGCAGCCCGUCAGCCCCCAUCCCUGCUGGGCUCUGGGCAGCCCUGUGGCUUCCUGGUAAGCUCUUCCACUCUGUGUGGUGUCAGCUGAGUCCCACGCCAGCAGUGUUGGCUGAACAGACUCCGCCCGUGGAGGCCAGACUGGGUCUCUCAGCCUCUGUGUCAGGUCAGCCAGAGGAAACAGGUCAAGGUGACAGCAGCAGCAGGCAGUAAGUACUGAGUGGGGUGGCUUAGAAGCACCCAGGCUCUGCCCUUCCCAGUUGGUAGCUGCUGCAUUGGACUGUGGGACUAAAUGCUUCUAGAACAUUGUGUUCCGUGUUCCGAACUCUGGCUCCCCCAUCUACAAGACAGGAGCCAGCUUGGGCCCUGUGUCUACCUCAAGGGGAGCUGGGGAGUGGGAUGACCCUCCCAGGGGUGUCUUGCAAGGGGUGUGACCAGCCUUUUAAAAAUGCCACUCAUUCCCUGACCGCCUUCAGUUGUAACUAAGAGACUUGACUUCUUGUUGUUGUUGUUGUUCAAAAAUAAAAGACUCGUUAAUUCAAGUGUA